AGUGGCGAGUACACGGGCCCGGUGGACGACAUCGUCGGGAGCUCGCAGGUCACAGGUUGGUGACCUGUUUUUCCGGAGCUCCCGCAACAACAGCUGCGUCCGCUGGACUGGAGGGCCGCAGCUUCGGCAGCUUCGACCGCCCUGGGCCACAGAGUUUGAACCGGCCCUUUCGCAGUACUUUAAUCCAGCCGCGGGACUGACUUACUUAUCAUCGCCCGGCGGGGUCACAACAUCCGAAGCCUGGAUCGCCUCGGCGCAGCGGGAGAAUAAGGAGGGAAGAGACAAAGACUUUAAGAUUUUUGCCUUCCAUCACAGUGAGGAGGUGCCUGGUGAACUCACUGUGGUGGAUGUUAAUUUGUGUUUAUUGUGUGUUUUUGUCAUUUUUAUUAUAUGUAUGACUGCAAGGCAACAAAAUUUUGUUCAGACCGAAAGGUCUGAAUGACAAUAAAGGCUACUUUGACUUUGACUUUGACUUUGAACCGGUGGAGGGAGUUGAGGCAGGUACUAUCACAAGGUUUAAGAAACAUUUGGACAGCUACAUGGAUAGGACAGGUUUAGAGGGAGAUGGGCCAAAUGCAGGCAGGUGGGACAAGUGGAGAUGGGACAUAUUGGUUGAUGUGGGCAAGUUGGGCCUGUUUCCACGCUGCCUCCUCCGGCAGCUCGUUCCAUACACUCUGCGUGAAACAGGAGUGGAAUGUCAGUUGGGAUUAAUGUGUUGAAAUCACUGGAGUGGGACUGGAAUCCAGAGUCACCAGACCCCCUGGGUGAGAGUGUUCCCUUUGAGUCACAGCUGACACUGUGAUAACAUCGUGUGAAGGCAAACGGUUGGAGUAGAAUGUAUACCUGCAGGGAAAAUUUGUACUUCAAAUCCAAAACUUAAUACCUGCAAAUGUUACAGUUGCUGAAUGUUCAGUCUUUUAAGCAAACGUGGCCGGUUACUAAAAUAAAAGACACAGAGUCCUGGAGUUGGCAGCAUCCCUGGAGAUCGUGGGUAGGUGACAUUUCGGAUGGCGGCCCUUCUUCAGACUGACACUAGAUUUCUAUUGAUAGACAAAAGUGCUGGAGAAACUCAGCGGGCGCAGCAGCAUCUAUGGAGCGAAGGAAAUGGGUACCGUUUCGGGCCGAAACCCUUCUUCAGCCACUAGAUUUUUAUUUCCUCACGCAUUGGGUAGAGUUUCCGCGUAAGAAAUGAAUUCCCUUUCAGUCAGUCCCAAAGCAAGUGUUGUAGCCCUGGGGCAGGGUCGCUCCAUGGAUUUUUAGCUUUCAGCGAGCUGACAAUUUGAAGGGAAGGCUUUGCCCUGAAAAGGCGAAUUUCACCCGUGUCGCUGGGUGUCGCUGUACAUGACUGUAGCACCUCACUGGUGGUCCGCAGUCAUCAGCUGUGUCACCUCUGAGCUACAUACCACACCAUGGUGUUUAAUGGUACUUACAUACAUAGGACCCAAAUUAAAAAAAAAACGGAUAUAAUCCGAGAGUGAAAAACAAAUGCAUAUAUGUACACUGUGUUUAUAAAAAAAAACAGCAGAGCCGCAUAAAAAGUGCGGUGUUUUCAUAUUUGGAAUAAAACCUGUGCUUCUAUUUUGUGGGUGUUCUGUUGCAUUUUUUUCAUCGCUCCUCCUAUAUUGUUUCCCCCUCCUCCAGAGCUGGUGCUACGUUUUCUGUGCAGAAUAGAUGCGAAGCAGCGAAGAAGAUCCCCAUACCCAUAGAUCCGUAGCACACCGUGGAUGUGAUCAGAAUGCAUCCAAGUAGGGAACAGAUCAAGACAGGGGAAAAUGAUACGAGGAGAUAAAUUAUACGCGGAGGUACCUAUUCUUCACCGAACCCACGCUCAAGUUAUUUAAAGGGAUUUCCCCUCCCCAGCUGUCUUCUAUGAUAAAAUGAACAGUUUUUGCCGGUUCCUGUGCAAGCGCUUUGAUCUGGUUACCUUCUGAGACGGGUGUAUGCAGAGCUGCAGAGCGAGCUGUCUAAUGCAACAUAUGCUGCAAUGAUCCACUGCCGCUGAUUUGGGAUUCAAGCAAUAUAGAAAGAAGCUCCAGUCCUCGAAAGCUAGUUGACAGUGUAGUUACCAUAGCGACGGCAUUAUUAGCUUCAUUUGAACUUAAUAGAACUGGAAAUCAUAAGGACGAUGUGGUAGGUGUUGGGUGACAUCGGCGGGAGCCUGCGACUGCGCCGGCUACAUGGCAAACAUUACCAAGGAACCGCUGUUCUUAGCGGAAGACGGUAAGUGCAUCGCGUUGGAUUAAUAAUAAAAGUGGAUUUUGAUGAUAUUUGCUGGUGGUUGCAGUGACAGGUUUAAGCAGCAGUACAGUAUUACGCCGUUUCCGGUUCCGAGCGUGUUUCCCUAUGCAAACAUCCAAAUGCCAUGGACACUUACGCAAGGUCUCUUGCUCAGCCGUGCAACUCGAGGCGAUUUGCAGUCCACUUUGUCACAACUCUGCCUCCCAACUCAGCAGCGCUCGCUCUCACUGCAGCCGGGCGCGGGCGUGCAUUUCAACGAUGAGGCUUGGUGCUAUCCAUUUUGCCAUGCUAGUCGUCGGGGUGUCGUUCGCCUGCUACUCCCCGAGCUUAAAUUCCUUGCAGGACCAAACCUACCGUUCAGCGGUGGUGAUCGAAGGCAAGGUGCAGUCUGUCCCAAAUAAUGCCACCGAGCCCUACAGUGUUAAUGUCAAAGUGUUGGACGUGUGGCCAGUCAAUAGCGGGGGACUGGAGAAGGACCAGCUCAUCACUAUCGGGGAUUUCGGAUCAGAAGCACCAUGCAUCAAAGUAGAGAAGAACCAGAAAUACAUCUUUUUCAUGGACCCAACAGACGAACCGUUAGUAUUUAAGACAUCAUUUGCUCCAUUAGACACAGGCAGAAAUAACCUUAAAAAAGAUGUUGGGAAGCUCUUGUGUGAGGACUGCGAUGGUCCUCCAAAAUUGAAGAAACUGAAGAACCAAACUAUUCUUGAAGGACAAAAACUUUCUCUGAAAUGUGAGGCAGUGGGGAAUUCCCAGCCCACGUAUAAGUGGUUCAAAGAUGGAGCGGAGAUUAAAAAAAGCAAAGCAAUAAGGAUAAAAACUGGGAAAAAAAACUCAAGGCUUCAGAUAAGCAAACUGAAGGUGGAAGAUGCUGGGGAAUAUGCAUGUGAGGCUGAGAAUUCAUUAGGCAAGGACAUUUCAAAAACUACUGUCAGUGUGCAAGUUGCUGCUGCUACCACUACUACACUCUCACCCGAAUCCGGUCAUGCUAGAAGAUGCAAUGAGUCAGAGAAGUCCUACUGUGUUAAUGGUGGGGUGUGUUAUUACAUUGAUGGUAUUAAUCAAAUUUCUUGCAAGUGUCCAAAUGAAUUUACAGGUGACCGCUGCCAACACUACGUAAUGGCCAGUUUCUACAAAGCUGAAGAAUUGUAUCAAAAGAGAGUCUUGACCAUUACUGGCAUUUGUGUUGCACUUCUUGUAGUUGGAAUUGUGUGUGUAGUGGCAUAUUGCAAAACAAAAAAACAAAGAAAAAAAAUGCACAGCCAUUUAAGGCAAAAUCUUUGUGUAGAUCAUCAAAAUCGAAACCUGGCUAAUGGUCCCAACCACCCUGGCCCUCUCCCAGAGGAUAUUCAAAUGGUCGACUACAUUUCAAAAAAUGUUCCGGUCUCUGAACAUGUGAGACGGCAUGAAACGGAAACGUCAUUUUCUGCAAGCCAGCCAUCUUCCACAUCUCAUCACUCUUCUACAACUACACACACAUCCAGUCAUAGAAAUGGAAACAAUUCAUGGGGCGUAGAGCAAUCUGACAGUGUUACUUCAGAAAUGCAUUCGGGUAUGAUGACCUCGUCUUUGGAAACAAGCAAAUGUAACAGUCCCAUGGAUGCACAAGGCAGAUUAAGUGCAGUUUGUGGUUAUCAGGACACAAGACACCCAAUCUUCCAUUGCAGAGACUCAGUGGAUUCUCUCAGAGACUCACCUCACAGCGACAGGUAUGUGUCUGCCCUCACAACGCCAGCCCGGUUAUCACCUGUUGAUUUACAUUACUCCCUCCCUUCAUAUGCACCUGGUUUCGAGGUAUCGUCACAGGGAUCUACCCAUGCAACGUCAAUGCCUCCAGCAGUGGUGGGUUAUUUGAUAGAAGACGAGCAGCCUUUGUUGAGAAGAUAUCACAAGCACCAUCAAGACAACCUGAAGCACGACCUCUACAAACAGCGCCGCAGCUAUCUUCACGACAGCUUUGGGAGUCUACCCCCUAGUCCAGCAAGAAUGGUAGAAGAUGAUGAAUACGAGACAACACAAGAGUAUAUCCCAGCACAUGAUCAACCAAAGAAAAUGGCAAACAGCAGCAGAAGAUGGAGGAAAACAAAACCAAAUGGUCACAUUUCUCACAGAGCUGAAUGCGACUGUGAUUCAAACUCAGAAAGCUGCUGCUCUGACGUGGAUUCUGACGGUGAGAAAAUAGGAGAGCGUACACCUUUCUUAAACCCUCAGAACCCUCCAGCAGCAAACACAGAAACAGCUUCAGCAUUCUGGCCUUCUGAUAGCAGGACUUACUCAUCCAAUAGACACAAUGUACGGGAGGACUUGCACACCCGUGCAACGCGUGUAAAAUCAAAUCAAGAUUCACACCCUGUGUAAAUGCCAUAGAUCUGCAACUGUAAAAAUAUUUUAUUUUAUAUAAUUAUCAAAUAUUCUAAAAUUAAAUUAAACAUUUUAUUUUCAUUUUAGCAAAGUUGUCUUACAGCUACAGGAAAGUCUUUUAUAGGGAAAACAUGUAUUUAUAUGUAAAAUAUGAUUUACAGUUAAAACAAUGAUGGUGUGCCAAUUUUUCACAUCAUAAAUAGAAUAAUAUUGUGGUGCCUUUUGCUGUAUGCUGAUACCAGAUUUCCUGCUGAUGUUUCAGUUUUGUAGUGUUUCUAUCUUGGACUCAUUAUAAUUAUACGCCCUUCAUUAUUUUUUUUAACCACAGACUCUGUUACAUUUGGACAGUUAUAAUAUCUUUGAGUUUAGGACACAGCCAUCUGUGUACCGUCUAUGUACUGAUUCCUAAACCAUCACGUAACAUUCUGGCUGAACUCAAUUCUUAAAUUUGUUUGACUGGGAGGACUGAAUAUAAUAUCUAUUUUUCUGACUCCUAACAGAUUAAUAAAUAUUUUUUACUCUUUAGAAGAAAUUGAUGAAGAUUAGAUUAAUGCUUGUAGUCUUUCUCAGCCUAUUAAAUUACUUACUGAGGGUAAGGUACCAUGCCACCAGAUGACAGUCAUUUUCCCUGCAUCCAUUCUAAUGAAUUUUUAUGUUGCAGAAACAAUCAAAGGUCAUUACAUGACAUAACAUUCAGACAUCACUAAAGAGUCUGCAACAUUUGCAGUUAUUUCGUUUUCUUUAUGAGUUUUCUUCAGAAAAAUAGAAAUGCACCAUUUGACAACUAAAAAAAAAAAUCAAUCACUUCAUUUUAACGUUAUUUUCAAGUAUCAGUAAUUAGAAAAUGGUCAGAUUGGAAACUGGAAAUUAAUAAGCAGCAACUUUGUGGUAUUUGUUUUUGAUGGAAUUUUUGCAACAUGUUUUUGCAUGUCUUUACCACUCCAAAUGGACUGAUGCAUGGGAAGCUAGGAAUGAGAGAUUUAACAUGUUUUUAAAUGAACUGCAUAACUUUUCAUUUAUUGUCCCUUUUAGUGCAGGUUUAUUAUGGGUUCUGCAAAUCUUUUAUUGGUACAUUUCAACUGUUUGCCAUGCAGGGCUGUGAAAUAUGGAAUUAGCAUUGUCCAUUUUGAAAUAAAACCUAUAUUCUUUACUUUCAA